GUGGGCAAUUACCCACUUUUACCUCCAUGUGGCUCGUGCUGAGGUUGUCUACGGUCCAGAAGAUUUUCGAGAAACCAGUGUUUUGUUUUAGGUCUGGUCAGUAAAGUGAUAUUCAUGCAUCUGUACUAUCUGGCGCCAGGAUGAAAAUAUUUUAACAAGCUAGCGAUUUUAAACUAUAUUGAUUAGCUUGGCAUCGAAUUUCUCCUUCAAUCACUGGGGGAUGGAGAUAGAGUAAGAGACACAGUCCAAAUUCUAUAUGUUGUUUAUAGUGGCGUGGUGGAUGGUGGCGAUCAUGGGGGCUUUUUCAGACCCACAAGCCAAUCUGCUAAGUGCAGGUUGCAGUCAGUACAAGGUUGACGAUGUUCCGGAAUUCACAAAUAACCUCAAUGCUACACUGUUGGAUCUUGGAGCACAACUGAACAGCAGUAAAUAUUUUGCAACUGCAGAGCAAGCAAGGGGUACAGCACCAGUCUUCGCCAUGGUUCAGUGCAGGAAAUACUUGUCAACGGCAGAUUGUGUCGCGUGCUUCGCUAUUGCUGCUAGACAAAUCCGCAACUGCUCUGCCGGCAUCAACGGCGCUCGAGUUAUCUAUGAUGGCUGCUUCCUCAGGUAUGAGAGCACAAGUUUCUACGAUCAAAGCACUCAGGAUGGUCAUUACGGGGCUUGUGGGAAUCAAACUGCAUCUCCUGCUUAUCAAGCAAGUGUGGAAAGUCUGUUAUCAGAUCUUCAAAUUGCCUCGCCGAAGAUAUCAGGUUUCUUUGCAACAAGUAAGAAGGAAGUGGUUGGUGCGAAUUCAGUGGUUUAUGGAGUGACACAAUGUGUUGAAACCAUCAGUAAGGCUGGUUGCCAAGAUUGCUUAACAGUGGCUUAUGCUGACUUGCAGACAUGUUUCCCUGAUGCUGAUGGCAGGUCCAUCAAUGUUGGGUGUUUCUUGAGGUAUUCAGACACGCCUUUCUUUGCAGAUAACCAACUAACUGAUCUCAAGCCCUUCUUGAGAAAUGGAAGUUCAAGCAAAAAGAAAGUCCUUAUUGCAGGGCUUGUUGGAGGCAUAUGUCUUCUGUUACUUGCUACUGCAAUACUGUUUCUGUGGUUUAAAUUAUAUAGAAAACCAAAGGCAGUUCCUAGAGAAGGUGACAUUUUAGGGGCGACUGAAUUGCGAGGUCCAGUGAAUUACAGCUUCAAGGAUUUGAAAUCGGCAACAAAAAAUUUCAGUGAGGAAUACAAACUUGGAGAAGGAGGUUUUGGUGAAGUGUACAAGGGUGUUUUAAAGAAUGAGAGAGUAGUUGCUGUCAAGAAACUAGCUAUAAGCCAGUCUCACAGGGCAAAGGAGGAGUUUGAAAAGGAAGUUAAGAUCAUCAGUAAUGUUCAUCACAGGAAUCUCAUCCGACUUCUUGGAUGCUGCAGCAAUGGACCAGAACUACUUCUCGUGUACGAAUACAUGGCAAACAGCAGCCUUGAUAACUUCUUAUAUGGUGAUAAAAAAGGCUCUCUCAGCUGGAAGCAACGAUUUGAUAUAAUUCUUGGGACAGCAAGGGGACUUUCCUAUUUACACGAGGAUUUCCAUUUGUGCAUCAUUCAUCGAGAUAUUAAAGCCAGCAAUAUUCUUUUGGAUGAUGAUUUCCAACCCAAAAUAGCAGACUUUGGGCUGGCCAGGCUUCUUCCAGAGUCUCAGAGUCAUCUUACCACCAAAUUUGCUGGUACACUGGGAUACACAGCACCUGAAUAUGCAAUUUAUGGACAAUUAUCUGAGAAAGUGGAUAUCUAUAGCUAUGGGGUUGUUGUCCUCGAAAUCAUGAGUGGCCAAAAAUGCAGUCAAGCAAAUCAAGAUCCUGACUCGGACUACCUCCUCAAACGGGCAUGGAGACUGUAUGAGGCUGACAUGCAUCUGGAAUUGGUGGAUGGAAGCAUGAGCCCAGAUGAAUAUGAAACAGAAGAAAUGAAGAAAAUCAUAGAGAUUGCUUUGAUGUGCACUCAGUCAACAGCUUCCUUAAGGCCUACAAUGUCCGAAGUAGUUGUUUUAUUGAAAAGCAAGGGUUCUUCGGCGCAAAAACCACCACCAGUAAGCCCUGCCCUCAUCGAGUCCUUUCAGAAAAUCCGCGCAGACACAUCCACGUCCACUGGUUCCCCUAUGUCUAAUGCUACUGCCUCCGUCUCCCAAGUAUCGGCACGCUAAAUCUAUUGACUCGCCACGAAACAAAUCAACAGCACGACAUUCCAUUACAUAUACCGCAAAUUUAUAUGCACUCCUUCCCUGGGCAUAUAUAUUCUUAGAACUGUUUCAGUCCAGUAACAGUUGCUCAAUCACAAAAAAUAAGCAUAACGCAGUAUUCCUGCAUACAAUGCAGUUCUGGUUAAAGCAGUAAUUUCCCCGUAGACAUUAAAA